AUGAUGAUGAGGAGAGUGUUGAAGAAGAAUUCGGUGAUGAUCACAAGAAGGAGAGAAUUUGAUUGUUGGGAUUGUAGAAAGAUUAAUUCGAGUAGUAGUAAAUUCUUUUCAACAUCAUCCCGAACAAGGAAUGAUGAAAAGAAUAUUGUUGAACAAGUAACAGACUCACCACUUUUGGAUGUUAAUCUUACUCAAUCACGUUCCACUCGUUCAUCAAUGGUUAACUCAAAACCAAAUGUAGUUCUAAAUAGGAAUAUAGUAUCACCAAUGCAAAAUAAUAAGCAUUUGAAAAAAAAGAAUUCAUCACCAGAAGAAAAGGAUAGGAAAAAAGGUGAGCAAGACAUUUCCCUCGUAAAGAGAAAGAAAAUAAUAGAUAAAAAAGUUGAAUCAGUCAAUGAGGAAAGCAGUUUUGAGGAGUUGUUGGAAUUAAAACAGUUCCAAAAGAUGAAACCAUACACGGGAAAGGCAAGAGAUGAAGCUUUGGUCAAGGAAUACUUAAAAUUUUUAGAAACUUGCCCUAGUAUUAGAGAUUUUAACAAAAAACUUGAUAUAUUUGCAAAAAAGGAAAGGCAUGACUUGUCAGAACCAGCUUUCAAACAAUUGUUACAUUUCUUAACACAUAUUGAUCUGGAAUAUUUGGAUAGCAUGAAAAUUCGCAUUUUAAAGCCAAAUUACCAUACUUUUAAUAUUACAAUGAUGAGUUAUUUAACAGUUGGAGAUGUUCCUGCAGUUCAUUCUCUUUUUGACUCGAUCCCUAUCUGGACUGGUAUGAAGCCAAGCUAUGUAAAUUUUGUAACCCUACUAACAGCAUAUUGCAGAGUUGGUGACUUUAAAAAUUUGAAUGAACUCUUUAGAAAGUUUAUUGAUGGCAAGCUAGAGAUACAAGAAGGUCUUAAUGAUCAAAAAGCUAUCACCUGUGUCUUUAGUGUUAUGAUGAAGUCACUAGUGGAUAGAGGACAAGUUGCUAAGGUAGAAGAAAUGUAUCAAACAUUUUUGUCUAUGAAUUUAUCACCUUCUCCUUUUUUGUUCAAUAUUAUGCUCAAUGUGUAUAAGAUUAGACAAAAUUAUGACAAGUGUAUAGAAAUAUAUGAAUCAUAUGAAUGUCCAGACAGGCACAUCACUCAAACAAUGUUGAUGAUCUAUGGUAGAAUGGGAAAGAUUAAAGAAAUGGAAAAAGUAUUCACCACCAUUGAAAAACCAAAUGAUUUUACUUUUAUUUUAAUGACAAAAGCUUACUGUGGUGCUAAAAUGGAAUCUCAAGCAGAGGAAUACUUUUCUCGUGUUGCCAAUAGAGAUGAAAACUUAAUUUGCAGAAUGAUGGAAAUGUAUGCCAGUAAGGAAAAUGUCAAAAAAUUGGAACAAAUGUUCCUCCUUAUUAACAAACCAACAAUAGCAUCUAUUUAUAUUUAUAUUGAUGGAAUCUCAAGAUUUGGAAAUUAUGAUAAGGUAAAUGAUGUGGUAAAUUUGAUUCCUCCAGAAAAGUACACUGGAAAUAUUUGGGCAUGUCAUUUACAAAGUGCUGUAAAAACCAAGUUUGAUAAUUCAGAACAAUAUAUGGAAAGAGUUCAGUCUGUGUUCUAUUCAAAGCCAAAAAACAUUUCUUGGAAGGAUAACAAUUUUGGUUUGAAGCUUUACAAGUUGGCCUUAGGAAAACAAGCAUCAGCUCAAAAAGCCAAACAAAAGGAUGCAGUAAAGCCAAUUACAGAAAUUUACAAAGAGUUUGCAGAAAAGAAAGUAAAACUUGCAUUGGAUGGUGUAGAUGAAGGCAAAUUCCAAACAAGAGAUCGUUUCCACGAACAAUUUGCCUUAAAUAAUGAUUCCAUUUAUAGACCAGAUUAUGUUUCGCCUUAUGAAGCUUUCUUGGAUGGUUAUUACAAAAAGAAAAAAGAUCCAACACACAACGACAUUGAUUAA